GGCCGCGUUGAGUCACAGUGAGUGUAAACCUGGGAAAGUGAGAAAAUACUGUUCGGUGUCUUCUUCUUCUGGCAGAAAAAGCUGCAGUAGUCAGUGUGUUAGUAUUUCCUUUGCUGAUCCGGUGGUUCUUAGAAGGAUGUGGAAGAUAUUGUUGUGCGCCCUAGUGGCGCUAUGCUGCGCGGUAUCAGUUAGCGCUGACGUUUGUACGGAAAGAAAUUCGACUUGCUCCGACUGUGUGAAGAAGUUCGAGUGCUACUGGUGUGCUGCGAAUAAGGAUUUGAAUAUUUCCGGUCCGACCGGCUCGCCAUGUCAGAAGCGCUCCGUCUGGAAGCUGACAACGAGCUGCAGUGAUACCUACCAUCUGUAUCCAUCAUGCAAGAUCAGCGGCCUUGCCGUACUGAUCAUCACAAUCUGCGUAGUGGUCUUGGUGGUCGUCGCCUUUGUCACCUGCAUCUGCUGUUGCUGUUGCUGUGGAGGCAAGAGGUCUAAGAGAAAAUGGGCACGAGAGGAUGAUAAGGACAAGCGCGAACGCGAGGACAGACGUAUCCGCCAAGAGGGCAGGCGGACUGAGCGCAAGGCACGAAAUGACGAGAUUCGCAAGAAGUAUGGCCUCUACAAGGAUGAGGAUGGUGGUGCUGGUGGUACAGAAGGUCGCUACCAGCGAUUCGAUGUGUAAUCACCGUGCACCAAGUUUCUGCUUGUGUUGCCGAGCACGGCAGGUAAUAUCACCCCUGGUACGGAGUUUCCAAACACAAUGUACGCUGUGUCGUAUUGGAACUGAGGAGUGUCAAUGCCUGUGCAAAUCUGCCCUUGUCACCUUGGGUGGGCUUGGAAGAAGUGUGCGUAUCUUCUACUAUCUUAUACCAUUAUGCACUACAAAACUAACUUCCUAGGUUUGAGUUGUGUGUGUGUGUGUGUGUGUGUGUGUGUGUGUGUGUGAGCACGCGCGUGCAUGUGUGUGUGUGUGUGUGUGCGUGUGUGUGUGUGUGUGUGUGUGUGUGUGUGUGUGUGUGUGGGCGUGUUUGUGCGUGUGUGUGUGCAUGUGUGUAUGUGUGUGCGUGCGUGUGUGUGUGUGUACACAUAAACAGCCACCUGCCUUUGCAUGCUGUAGUCCGCUCCCCCUCCUGGGCAGCUAUUUGAGCUUGCUCUUUUAUUACCCCCUACUGGCGAUUGUGUAGAAAGGAUUUCCAUGGCAUCAGAUUAGCUCAAUUUUCACUAUAUUAUUAGUACUUUGCUGGACCAACCUUCUUUGUUGCCUGUUCUCGAUUACGUUGGAUGGAUGCGUGUUGCACAGAUUCUUUACAUUUUGCUGUUUUGCCGUGGCCUGCUUGUUUGUGUUGUUCUUAUUAUUAUAUUAAUUUCUCUGCAAGAAUGCCUCUUCUCCCAGACUCGGCAUGCCGCGUCUGUUAAUGCGGCUUGGCUGACUGCCUCACGCGCGCACCACUAUGCACCACUAUAACCUGAUGACCUUGGACGACGUGUAUACGGA